AUGACCAAACCUAGUCUGCUGGAGCUCCCACCGGGGGUUCAGCUCGUGUAUCUGGCUGAGGGCGGUGCAAAUGUGGUCUAUCGCUUUGUUUCAGCCGUGAAAUCUCCCCUCACAGCCAAGAGAGAUCCCAGAAAGCGUUUGUCCCCGGUUGCUUUUGAACCCGCGGAGCGAAUCACGGGAAAAUUACUUCGAUUGCGCAAGGACACAGCGGCUAAUGUCUCGUACAAAGAGAUUGUGGAAAACUUUAAUACCACCGUGCGCCCGCUCUUCAAGGCUGAUGAGCUGGUUGAUCAAACUCUCAUACGACUGCCAGAGGGCCUGGUCCACCGCUGCAAUGAGCAGCUUCUUCUUGCCGAGUCAACUGGUGACAGGCCCCAAAAACGGCAUGGCGGGUAUUUGAGCCUCACUGAGCCAUUCGGGCUACUCGUUACCGAUAUGACGACAUUUGAUGAUCCAGGCUCGACGCUGGCAGAACUAAAGCCAAAAUGGCUCAUUCAAUCUCCCACGGCACCGGCGACAGCUCACAGAUGUCGAACAUGUGCGCUGAGGGAUAUGAAGAAUUACGAGGCACGAAGCCUGGGACAGAAAGAGCAGCGAUCCUUUUGCCCUCUUGAUCUCGUCUCUGAAACCUUUGAGGAUGUCCUCCGAGCUACCAGUUUUAUCAAAGGCUGCGGCGACCGAAUACGACUGGCACACAUAUUAUUCCGCAAUAACACACUUCAGAAACUGUUAUCUCAUCAGAAGGCCUACUGCAAAGUUGGUCUACGUGGACCUCCUAUACAAUCAACAGAGACUUCCCUCGACAUGACGCUCCGAGACUGCACAUUAUACAUCAAGAUUCCAAAGGAUGAAAAAUCCUCCGUCGACAUUCGGCUCGGAGACCUCGACCUCAAAACAAGUGCCGGCGGGAAAGCCGAGUACUGGGGAGACCUUGAAAUCCAAUUAAUCGACGGAGGCUGGUAUGAAGGACUCAACGGCGACCAGGAAUCGGGUGAAUGUGCCUUGCAACACUUGCCCAUUCAUCAGCACCCAGCGACCUGA